AUGUCGCGUACAAGAAAGCAAUAUACUGUGUGUGAAGCUAUUUCCCCCGAUAAGGAUCGUAUCAAGGGAGUCGUGAAAUGGUAUGAUGGUUAUAUGGGUUAUGGCUUUAUCUCUACACUGGAUGAGACUCCAGUUGACUAUUUUGUGCACAAGACUCAAAUCUAUUCUCUGGAUAAAUUCCCCAGAACCCCUAUCCUGUUCAACAAGGAGGAGGUGGAAUUUGCAGUCUGUGACACGGAAAAGGGAAAGGCCGCUGAAGAGGUUUCACUUCCCGAUAAAACAAUCAUUCCUAAGUAUUGUGUGCUCAUGUCCUUUAUUUUACCUUUAGAGACCCUUGAAGAGACGCUUCUAUCGUCGCAGAGCCGCCCCUGCCAAUGGUGA